AUGAGAUCUAAAAUGGAGGAUAUAACAGGUUCCUUUGCGACUACGGGGCAGAAUAACGCUUACACCCCGGAAGUAGUCUCAAUAGGCCCAAUUCACCAUGACAACAAAGAAUUAGAAGCCAUGGAAGAGUACAAACAGAGCUGCCAUUUUUUCAUUCUUGAGGAUCUUUUCGACGCAAGCAAAGUCAGAGUUAAGAAUUCUGAGACUGAGAGGCCUUCAAUGAUUAAGCUCUCUUACCAUUUCUUCAGAAAGGUAGUGGGUUUACAGAGGUCGGAAGACGAAUUGGAGUGGACUGAACCACCUUUACAUUUUGUUGAUUUUAUUAGAACUUUACAUGUGCAAUAUUUGGAUACUGGUACCCCAGAAGCUGAAGAACUCCCAUGUAUACCCAGCGUGACAAAACUACACCAGGCCGGAGUUAAGUUUCGUCUGGAAUCAAGCAACGAGAUAAGUUUCGUCCGGAGUCAAGCAACGACUUAUUUGCGAUACAACAAUUACUUAAGCGAUUAUGUUUUCCUCCUGGAUAAAUUUGUAAACACCAAACAGGAUGUAGAUUUACUUGUUGAGAGUGAAAUUGUUGUAAACACAAUAGGUGACAACAAUAAGGUUUCUUCUACUAUGAUUAACCAACUUUGCAAGGGGGUUGCUCCGGACCAGCAAAAUUUCUAUUUUGGUGGUCUUGCUGACAAUCUAAACAAGUACUGCAAGAAGUGCAGGAACAGAUGGCUGGCAUAUUUGAGCCAAAAGUAUUUCAACUCACCCUGGGCCUGGGCAGCUUUUUCUCUCUUUGCAGAGGCUACUCUUCCCAUACUCACUGUAAUACAAACAGUGUUCGCUAUUAUCUCUUUUUGUCGGCAGUAA